GGCUCCCGGGUCGUCGCCUGCUCCUCCGCCUCGCCUGCUCUGCGCGUCCCGGGGCCGCCGCGCGCCAUGCGCCUCCAGGGCCCCGCCACCGCCUCCCCGCAGCGGCUCCUCGGCCUCCUGCUGCUCCUGCUGCUGCUGCAGCUGCGGGCGCCGUCGAGCGCCUCCGAGACCCCCAAGGGGAAGCAAAAGGCGCUGCUCCGGCAGAGGGAGGUGGUGGACCUGUAUAAUGGCAUGUGCUUACAAGGGCCCGCGGGGGUGCCUGGGCGAGAUGGGAACCCUGGGGCCAAUGGCAUCCCUGGCACCCCUGGGAUCCCAGGUCGAGAUGGAUUCAAAGGAGAAAAGGGGGAGUGCCUGAGGGAAGUCUUUGAGGAGUCCUGGACGCCUAAUUAUAAGCAGUGUUCGUGGAGUUCACUGAAUUAUGGCAUAGACCUUGGAAAAAUUGCGGAGUGUACAUUCACAAAGAUGCGUUCGAACAGCGCCCUAAGAGUUUUGUUCAGUGGCUCGCUUCGGUUAAAAUGCAGAAGCGCAUGCUGUCAGCGUUGGUAUUUCACGUUCAAUGGAGCUGAAUGUUCAGGACCUCUUCCUAUUGAAGCCAUAAUUUAUUUGGACCAAGGAAGCCCUGAAAUGAAUUCGACAAUUAAUAUUCAUCGCACUUCUUCUGUGGAAGGACUCUGUGAAGGAAUUGGUGCCGGACUAGUGGACAUUGCUAUCUGGGUUGGAACUUGCUCAGAUUACCCGAAAGGAGAUGCCUCUACGGGGUGGAAUUCAGUGUCUCGUAUCAUUAUUGAAGAGCUACCAAAAUAAAUCCUUUCAUUUUUAGUAUAUGUGCUGCCAAAGCGAGCACAAUCCUUUCAUUUUUGUUCCCUACCUCUCUUGUAUUAUACCUUUGAAUGGUUCAUUUUAGUGACCCACCCCUUCUAUAAUUUUUAUGUGUACAUCUGAAUGAAAAAACAAAAUUAAAUGUGUUUACAGACCAAAGUGUGAUUUCACACUGUUUUUAGAUCCAGUAUUCAUUUUCCUUCCAUCAAAACUGGUUUUGGGAUUUUGUAGAAGAUUAAAAUACUUUCUUCACAUUCCCAUUCCCUGAACCUAUAAUUUGGAAUGUUACUGUGGUCUCCGUUUCUUUCCUGUUCUCUUAGUGUAGCACUUUUUAAAAUAUAAAAGCUACCAGUCUUUGUAUAAGUUGUAAAUGUUCAGAAUUGUUUUAUAUCUGUGAAAUAAAACUUAUUUCAAACAACUUUAAUAUCUUUAACGUAAUUGCCACUAAAAUGAGGGUUUCUGGUACUUUAUAUCUGGAAAGUUGAGGAUAAACCUGAUUUUGAAUUUAUCCGUUUAACAAUCAUGUUUUAAAUUUAGUACAUGUAUAGUCCUGUUCCAUAUUUUGAGGUAUUCAAAGAGAAAGGGAUAUUCAUGUGUCAGGAAAUGCACUAGCACUUUAGAAAUUUUAUCUUAAUUUAACAAAGUGUAAAAAGACGGGGACUCUGGUCUCAAAUUGCUUACCAUUUGGUAGGGAAACUAAGAUACACACAAAAAUAAUAAAUCAAAGAUUAAUAUGUUGAUUGUGACAAAAGUUGUUGAAGAGGUGCUAUAAUUCAAAGAAAGACCUAUCACUUCUGGCUGAGGUGAUCAGAAAGAAUUCAUGAUGAAGGAAGUACAGGUGUAAGACUGAUAAAGUUAAGUAAAUCCUGGGCUUG